UGAAACUCUCUGCGUCUUGAUCGAUAUUUCCGAGGGGCCGCUACACAAACUACACAGCAGAUGUGAAGGCAGAAAGCCAUUUUUGUAAAGAACAGAAAAAAAGAUGGGGACAAAUCAAAAGUUCAGCACCAUGUUCAAUGACCGUCAGACAGAGCUUAUCGGAGGAAACAUAAAUGGAGAAGAUCUGUUUUUUUCUGGUUCAUCACAUCCAAAUUCCCUUAAGAACUGGCUUGGGUCUCUGAAGAGCCUCCCUGACAUUGUGCACUACUCUCUGAAACUCCUCCAUUUUUUACUGAAUACUGAGCACCCUGCCAGGAAAGGACUAAAGAGAGCUGUUGAAGAAUACAUAAUUGAAAAUGCUCUCAUGAAGGUUUGCUCUGAGCCUUGCAAGAUUGGCAGUAAGAGCAGCGCAAGAGACAGAUGUGCUUGUGUUUGUGAAAGUAGUCAAAUUAUAAAGUCUAAUUGCUGUCCAGUUGAAAAAGGACUUGCCACCCUGAAAGUCUACAGUCUCAGAGCUAAAGAUCUGUAUGGAGAUGUAAGUACUGAAACAGAUGGUGCUGUAUCAGUUACAUAUGGCACACAAAUUAAGCGCACUGAGACUAUUGAUGAUAAUAACAAUCCACAUUGGCCAGAAACAUUUGAGUUUGGUCCUAUUAAGAUGGCCAAUAAACUAACUUUUGAAGUAUAUGAUGCAGACAGUUACUGGAACAGUGAUCUCCUCGGUACAUGCUCUUUUGAUCUUAGAAGUGGAGUGGUGCAUGACACUUGUGUUUUUAAAUAUGGUACCUUCUUUUUUACCUAUGAAGUGAAGUGUGCUCCCAGUCUAGGAGGCCCACAGUGUAAAGAACACAAAACGUCUCCAAUGGCUGCCCCUCUGGCUGACAUUUUCAGCUCAAGAAAUGGUGUGCUGGUUAGAGACAUGCCAAGGCUUGAAUUAGCUAAGAGUGGUUUUAUUAAAGCGUUCAUAAACCCAGACCUGUGUGAUUGUUUUCUAUGA